AUGAAGUAUUUGUUGUGUCUGCUGCACGUGAUCGUUCUGUUCAUUUAUAGGAAGGAACAGGAGGGCGAGUGCCAUGGUGGCCUUGUGUGUGAUUCCCUCGCGAUCGACUCAAAUCAUUAUGGAGAUCAUGGUGUGGAGGGACAAGCGGGGGGGCUUCCUCUAGCUGAGGGCAGUUACACUGAUGAGGAGAGUCCGUAUAAUGCGGCGGAAGAAGGUGCAUCUUCAACAGUGGGGCGUGGGGCAAUCCAGAGGGGAGGUCACCCACCUGAAGGGAACGGAGGGCCGAUUGACCCAUACGGGUCCUACGGGUCCUCACCGCAUGACGACGGCACUGACGACUCUGGCCAUCCCAAACACGGAGGCGCAGGGGCAGGGGCAGGCGCUGGGGCAGCUUUGGGGAGAGGCAGCCCGUACGAAGCGGGGCUGGGCAAUAACGUGAAGGUGAUCCACAUGGACAGGCUAAAGGUGGAAUCCAAGGGGGAGCUUAUAAAUAAAAUUAGAGGGAUCCUAAAUACAUUGGAGUGA